UCCCCAACGUUCCUAUUUCUAUUCAAACACAUCAACAUUAAAUAAAACCACAAACAAACCCAUCUCUGUUUCUUCCUCUCACUCUCAAGAAUCAAAACCGAAACAGAGAAGAAACAUCACAACACCAAUCCCAAUGGGAUGUUUUAUGGGGUGUUUCGGUCUCUCUUCCAGCAAAAAACGCAGAAACUCCACCAGGAAGAUCCUCCCUCGACAUCAAAGAAUCUGUAGCUAUGAGCUUCUACAUUCUUCGGAUCCAGUAGAUGCAAGUACUGUUUCAGAUAACCCUGAAAAGAUUUCGUGUUCCAACCUCAGGUGUGAAGUGGAGACAGAGAAUGAGGAGAAGAAGGGAACGAAGAAGACGAGAAAGAGAGUUAGAUUUGACUUGAAUGUACAAACCUUUGAACCAGUUCUACCUUCAAGAUAUGAGAACUAUUGCAGCGAUGAUGAUGAUGAAGAGGGAAAAGGAGAACUAAGCAACGCAUCUUCUUCGGUUGAUCUGACAAGUAGUUCAGUGUAUCCUCCGAACUAUAGAUACCACAACUGUGUUGAUAGUUUCGAAGAUGAUUUGGGUUAUGGUGAGAGUGAUUUGGAGGAUGAAGACUAUUACACAGAUGAUGAAACCGACUACGACGAUGAUGCUGAUGAUGAGGAUGAGGAUGAGAAUGAAGAAGAUGGGGACAACAAGGACGUGACUCCUCUUUUGAAUCCAGUGGAGAAUAUGCAACAGUGGAAAGCUGUUAAAGCAAAGCCAGUAAGAGUUAAAGAGCUAAUAAUGAAGGAGAAUGCUGGAGUUGUUGUUACUGAUGAUCAAGCAAAACCGCUGCUCAAGGAGAUAAUAGUCAAUACUAGCCUUUCUAGUUGGAUAUCACCAAUUGUGGAUAUCACCAACAUAGAGAAGAGGUGAAGGAGGAGAAGAAACAGUGUGUGUGUGUGUGUGUGUGUGUGUUUUGUUAUUUGUUUUUAUAGCAUUUCUGAUUCUUUGUGUGUGUAAGGAUAUGAUUAUGAUUUUUUUUUCUCCCACUGGUUGUUUUUUGCAACUGAAUCUUGAUAAAAGUUGUGAUCUUUCAACGUU